CAAGUCAGUUAUUAAUAUCAACCGAUUCUUUACACGUGUUGAUGUAAAAUCUAUGAAUUGUAAAACUAUAUGAGAUAUUAGUUUGAUUGAUUAGAUUAACGAUUAAGAGUAUAGCAUAAGUUAUACUAUAACAAAUUGAUAUAUUGACGUGAUAAACUCAUGUUUGUUUGGUUAAUGUGAUGCAUGGCUAAAGGUUAUAUGACUAAUUAUAUUGAAGCGAUCCCACAAAUUAUUGGUAUCAAUAGUUGUAAGUUUAACAAAAAAUGAAGAAGGUCAAGCUUUUAUUUUGUGCAUGUACUCGUAGAUAAGCAUCUUUGCAUUUUGCAUCUCUUUCAAUGCAACACACGAUGAUUUUUACAAGAUUAUAUUCAUGUAUUUGAUCCUUGCAAUCAAAACGAUAUGUUCAUGAACUUUGUUGUUCCUUGUCCAAAACUAUUGGAUAGAGUUCUCACAACAUAUGCCGAUCAGUCCAUGUCCCUACAAGUUCACAUUUAUGUCAAAUAAUGUCAUAUGUUCAUAUAUCAAAUUACCAUUUGAGUUUCCUAUCAACAUAUUACUCGAAUAUUCUACAUUGUAACAGCUAACAUUCCCCUCGUUCCACGCACUAGCUGAUUCGUGGCGAGCUCUGCUUUGUUUUCUAAUUUUUUUGUAAUUUGAUUUUGAUUGAGGAUCCAUGUUCUAAAGCUGUCAUACACACUCACUCCUCUAUGAUGUGCUCAUUGUUGUGGAGAUUGAGCUCAAUCCCUACGAUGUGGCGGCUUCUUCUACUUCCAAGGUCGUUUCUUGUUCAGACAAGAAAUGUUCUGUAGUUACUCCAUGCAGUGCAACUCGGUGUUCGACGAACGACCAGUAUUGUGGCUGCGCAAUGAAGUAUAUGGAUGGGGACACACCAUCAAGAGUUUACGUGGUAAGAAAUGACUCUACUGAUGACUGAGUGAAAUAAUUGAGCUCAACAUUAUUUUACAAAACUGUUAGCACGUGCAUCUCACAACUGACGACACAAGUUAUACUAAGUAAAUAGCGUUUUGUAUUUAUUUACUUGAUGACCAACAUAAAACAACAAAAUUGAUAAUAAUAACUACUCACUCAGUAAAAAGAAACAAAUGAUGCAAAUGUUUUUAGAGCAUGAGAAAAUAUUUAAUGUUGAUGGUGCCAUGGUGGUGUUGGUAAUAUAAAAGAUACAGUGACGACCUCUUGAUCACCAUAGUUGUAUUAUCUCAUGCCAACUACCUCAUCAAACCCUUUAUAAAAGAAAAAAAAAGUUCCUGCAUGCAUAAAAAUAUAAAUAAUAAAUGAGUACAUAUUGUUAUAUAAAUAAAAUAUAACUCAAAUAAAAUCUAUAAUUAUGAUAUCAAACUAUUAUGAUUAUCAAACAAAAAGAAUUUGACUAAUUACAUAUUAAAUUUCUCAAAACUGGACAUGUUUUUUUUUAAAUAUAAAAUAUACUAAUUGUCUACACUAUUAAUUAAGUAUUAAGUAAAUCUCCUUUCCAUAUAUGUACUAUUCAAUUGGACUAUAUUCAACUCCAAACCUUAUUCUCUAAAGAAUCUCGACCAGUAAGUUUGGAUAGAAUAGAAGAUGGAUGAAAAAAAAUCAAAUAGUGGUUUGAAAAAGUCACAUGCUACAAUAUAAACGGAAGUUCAGUAUAAUGUAUAUCAAAAUUUGACGUAACGUAACCCGUCGUUUGGGACUUUUUUAGGUUGGGCUUAUAGAUGGAUCCAUUAACGUGAGUCGUGGCUUUUAGGUUCGGCAUCUGGUUCUUUGAUUGGGCUAAAAUUGUAGCAAGCCACUACGUGGGCCCAAUUUGUCGAAGGCAAUGUUGGUCGGAGCAAAUUUGACCCGAAGGCUGGAAGCAACCCGAUCCAUGGCAUAUGCAACACCGGGCUCCGCGUCUCUGUUUUUGUUUUCCAUAAUCGUCGCCAGCCAGACUUUACUAAGCCCCAUCUCUGCGGAGAAGGACAAGAAAGAGCUUUAGACGGUCGACGAAAGCUUCUCUCCUUCUUCAGCUUCCGGCGAGAGGGAGAGAGAGAGAGGCCGCGGAGUUGAAAAAUGCCGUUCAUAUCGCAGAUACAACGGCAGUCCGAUUACGCCUACUUCCCAUCCGAAACCCCUAUCGUCAUUGACAACGGUGCUUCCUACUUCCGCAUCGGGUGGGCGGGAGAGAACGAUCCUCGGGUAAUUUUCCGCAACAUUGUCCAGAGACCUCGCCAUAAGGCCACAGGUGAAACAGUGACCAUUGUGGGUGACCAUGAUCCUGCGUUGUUGAGAUACUUUGACUGCACUCGCUCUGGGCCUCGUUCUGCUUUUGACAACAAUGUCGUUUACCAGUUUGAAAUAAUGGAAUAUAUUCUGGACUUUGGGUUUGACCGACUCGGAGCUAAUGGAUCACAGAUUGAUCAUCCUGUCCUGAUCACUGAAUGUGUCUGCAAUCCGGUGCAUUCCCGUAGUAAAAUGUCAGAACUUUUGUUCGAGACAUAUGGAGUUCCAUCAGUUGCUUUCGGAGUUGAUGCUGCAUUCAGCUACAAGUACAAUCAGCGCCAUGGGAUUUGCAACGAAGAUGGCCUUGCUAUAUGCCCUGGAUUCAACACAACCCAUGUUAUCCCGUUCAUUGCUGGAGAGCCUGUUUAUAAAGGGUGCACUCGGACAAACAUUGGCGGUUAUCAUGUCACUGACUACCUGAAGCAACUUCUUUCACUAAAGUACCCUCACCACAUGGCUCGAUUUACAUGGGAAAAGGUUGAAGACCUAAAAAUGGAGCACUGUUAUAUUGCACCAACCUAUGCUUCUGAAACUCGGUUGUUUCAGAAAGGGACUGAUGAAGCUGAAGAUAAAACUAGGGUUUGGCAGCUUCCUUGGGUUCCACCACCAGUUGAAGAGCUCCCAUCAGAGGAAGAGAUAGCCAGAAAGGCUGCUUUAAAGGAAAGGCAAGGUCAAAGGUUAAGAGAAAUGGCUGAAGCAAAGAGGUUAUCAAGGAUAAAUGAACUAGAUAACGAGUUGCGUGGGCUGGAAUUUCUUCUGCACCAACUUGAGCAGGUACAAGCUCAUGAAAUUCCUAAUUUCCUUAGAGAGACUGGCUAUCAUUCCAGGCAGGAAAUAGAGGCCUCUGCGCACAAGGUGACACUGUCUCUAAGGAAAGCUAAAGGAGAGCCAAAAGCUGACCAGUCUGAAGCUGAAGACAAGACUGAUUCUAGUGAAAAGUAUCCUCUAAUAAACAUCCCUGAUGAAAUGCUGACCCCUGAUCAGAUCAAAGAGAAGAGAAAACAGCUCUUCCUUAAGACUACAUCUGAUGGUCGACAGAGAGCAAAGCAGAAACGUCUUGAUGAGGAAUCGGAACGAGAAAGAAGGAAUCAGCUAGAUGAAGAAAGACGUUUGGAGAACCCAGAGCUUUAUUUAGAGCAGACACACGCUAGGUACAUGGAACUCGCCGAGAGAGUUGAGCAGCGAAAACGGUUGAAAACAAACGGGAACCAAACCAAUGGAAAUUCUGGUGGUGUUGGUCGAGGUGAGAGAUUGAAUGCUGCCCAAAGGGAAAGAAUGCGGCUUCUGACAACAGCAGCAUUUGAUCGAGGGAAGGGUGAGGAUACAUUUGGUGCUAGAGAUGAGGAUUGGCAGUUGUACAAGUUAAUGAGCAAAGAUAAUGAUGACGAUGACGAUGGACCAGAACCGGAUGAAGUAGAGCUGGCACGCAUUUCUUCCCGACUUCAGGAAAUAGACCCGACAUUUGUGCCUAAAUCAGAAGCAGAGGCCUCACAACAGGGUUCUGAGGUACCAAAGUCCCGACCACUGACCCAGGAAGACUUCAAGAUUGUCCUUGGGAUAGAAAGAUUCCGAUGUCCAGAAGUCCUAUUUAAUCCGAACCUAGUAGGGAUUGGUCAGGCAGGGGUAGAUGAGAUGGCUGGGGUCUCAAUAAGGAGGUUACCAGAGAAGAAUGAGGAGUUGGAGAAGAGACUGACUAGCUCCAUUCUGAUGACCGGGGGAAGCUGCCUUUACCCUGGUAUGUGCGAGCGCUUGGAAGCUGGGAUUCGAAUGAUUAGACCGUGUGGAACAACGAUUAAGGUGGUGAGAGCAUUGGAUCCAAUUCUCGAUGCCUGGAGAGGAGCUUCUGCAUAUGCUGCAGCGGUACAGUUCCCCCAGCAGACGUUUACUAGGAUGGGCUAUUUUGAAAAGGGCGAAGACUGGAUUCGCGGUUACAAAUUUAGGUACAAUUUGUAGUAACCUAUUGAAGAAUGAUUACUUUUAGCCCGUGUAUCUGAUUGUAGUAACAGAAAAACCCAACUGGUGAUGAGAUCAACUGCCCAAUUGAUUGCCGUAUUUUAGUUCUGUGGUCUCUCUCCCACUGUUGUUCUUUUCUUUAAGAACUAAGGAUUCUAGAAGUAUAUAAAUUGAUGGUGCUCAUGGUACUUGGUUUAUUAUAUGGAAACAACUGACUUUACAGUUACCAAAAAAGUGAUCAAUGAGCA